AUGGUUGACCAUGCCAUCCGCAUGCCGACAGAAUGCACGCCGUAUUUUAACACGUUUGGCUUAAGGAUUUGUGAGACGGGGACUGCUGGUCGUAGUGUUUUCGCAUCACAGCCUAUUGAAAGCAAUACCAUUAUUGAAAUUAGUCCAGUUCUACUUUUUAACCCAGAAGAAUACGAGGCUCACGGGCGUCACACCAUCCUAGAUUCGUAUACGUUUGUAUGGGAAAGAAACACCAGUGGGAAUACCAUGGCCCUCGCCCUAGGGCUUGGUUCACUAUUUAACCAUCAUCCAACAUCUGCGAAUGUAUCGUAUGAGCUUGACAAAACCACUCGUUCUAUUCGAUAUCGGACUGUGCGUCAGAUUCAUAAAGGUGAAGAACUUUGUAUAUGUUAUGGGGUAGGUCGCAUGUGGUGGGAAUCACCUGAAGAAGAACGUGUAACGACGCCAGUUUCCGAGACGCAUGAAUUGAGUCUAUUUGGCAACAUGGAUCUGGAUGCUGAGACAGUUGAUUGUCUCAGGGCGCCUGUGGAUUCAUCAUACCACGCACCUUUGUGGCGUGUUACAGCAGCUCCUAAUCCAAAAACUAUGCCACUUGUCACUACACUAGCCUGGGCUAUGGAUGUUCCUGCUCGUUCGUGUUCACAAGUGGCACAGUCUCUCAAGAUGAUGGUGAAAAACGGCAUCCUCAGAUCGGGUGAUUUGUAUCCCUGGUAUUCUAUCCGACAUUUGCGAGGCUUUCGAAAGGCAAGCGAGGUCCAAAAAAUUCCAGAUGAAUUAACUGAUCCAACAUCGACAAAUUUGUCUGUGCUUUUAUGCUUGGAAAAAGCUCAUUCCCAUACUGAGCUAGCAUCAAUUUUAUCAACUCACCUUGAUACGGCUCUGACUGAGUCAGUACAACUCUACCGUGUGCGUGUUCCAACAGGGCCCGCUCCAAAUGUUGAACGAUUAUCGGAGUGGUCUGCUGUAUGGCCCAGCGUAUUUCUUCCGCCUGGUGCGGGUUUUGCAUCUAAGAGUGGCUUGCCUGGAAGUGAUGCAGCGAGGUCAGUUGUGCCAGUGGAUCGCGAGGCCGAUUCUGCAUACUGGAGAGAUUCGGCUCUUGUGAAUCGUGUGCGGCAUAAUUUCCAGCGUUGCCUACACACUGCGCAAAAAGCUCGGGCAUCUGGCGAACUUGGCGUCGGUGUUUAUGUGACGAGUCUGGACGAAAACAAUCAGGGCAUUUCCGUGGACGCUCAUGAUACGCGUACGAGUGAAGCACAUCCGCUCCGUCACGCAGUGGUGAAUGCAAUUCGGCAUGUUGCUGAUAUUCGCGCGCGUUCACGCUCUGAACAGCACGAAAGCGUAAAUGGUCAGGACUACUUGCUCACUGGACUAGAUUUAUUUAUUACUCACGAGCCUUGUGUCUAUUGUUGCAUGGCCCUGAUUCAUUCUCGCGUCCAUGCGGUGUACUUUUUAUAUCCAUCUCCUUAUUCGGGAGGUUUUUGUGGGGCACCUGCAAACGGUCACGCACAAUGUGAGGGCAGUGAGGACGGCGGUCCUUUUUCUAUCCAUGAACAAAGUGGUCUCAACCAUAAAUACGAUGUAUGGCGAUGGAUCGAUCCAAAUGCGUUUGACCGUCUGGUAGACCCACACAUCGCACUAGACGUUUGA